CUUAAUAUACUUACAGAAAAAAGAAAAAAAACAAAAAAUUCUACACAUCCAAUUCCUAUUACUUUCAUAUUACCGAAAUAAUGGUAGUUCAAGUUACAUCAACCAUUCCAAUUCCAAAUGCUGCUGCCAAUGUAUCCGAUGUGAAUCGCCGUUCUGCCAAUUUUCAUCCAAGCAUUUGGGGUGACCAUUUCCUGUCAUAUGCUACUUCUGACUCUAUGGAAAUAGAAAAAGAAAUGGAAAAGGUUCGGAAGUUGAAGGAACAAGUGAAGAAGAUGGUAGUGGCUCCUGUCAAUAAUCCUUUGGAAAAAGUCGAAUUGAUUAAUGCUAUUCAGCGCUUAGGCGUGGCUUACCAUUUUGAAAGCGAAAUUGAAGAAAUUUUGCAGCAAAUCAACACUCUUAGUUGCAACUAUGGUGACAAUGAAAAUGAUUUUGACCUUUACACUGUUGCUCUCUGCUUUCGGUUGCUUAGACAACAAGGUUAUAAUAGUCCCUGUGAUAUAUUCAGCAAGUUCAAGGAUGUGGAAGGGAAAUUUAAGGAAUCGCUUGUUGAUGAUGUUCGAGGAAUGCUAAGUUUAUACGAAGCUACACACCUUAGGGUUCAUGGAGAAAAUAUACUAGACGAAGCUCUUGCUUUUACUACCACCCAUCUUGAGCGUGUAGCAUCCAAUUUGAGCCACCCUCUUACACAUGCAGUUGCUUGUGCGUUGAAUCGGCCUAUCCGAAGAGGCUUACCUAGGCUAGAGGCAAGGUAUUACAUGUCUAUCUACCCCCAAGACCCUUCACACAAUGAGGUUCUUCUAACUUUCGCAAAGUUAGAUUUCAACUUUCUUCAGCAAGUGCACAAGAAGGAACUAAGUGAUAUUGCAAGGUGGUGGAAGGAGUUGGAAUUUGCAAAGAAGCUACCUUUUGCAAGAGAUAGAGUAAUUGAGUGUUACUUUUGGAUUCUGGGGGUUUAUUUUGAGCCUCAAUAUUACCUUGCAAGGAGAACGCUAACCAAAGUCAUUGCAAUGACCUCUGUUAUUGACGACAUCUAUGAUGUGUACGGCACACUUGAAGAACUAGAGGUUUUUACUGAAGCUGUGGAAAGAUGGGACAUUUGUAUGAUUGGUCAACUUCCAGACUACAUGCAGUUUUGUUACCGGGCACUCUUGGACGUUUAUAGUGAAAUUGAAGAGGAAAUGACCAAACUAGGAAAAUCAUAUCGCGUUGACUAUGCUAAACAAGCAAUGAAAUAUCAAGUGAGAGCUUACUUCGAAGAGGCCAAAUGGUUUCACAAGAAACACAUACCGACAAUGGAGGAAUAUAUGCCUGUGGCUCUUAUUACCUCGGCGUAUGGAAUGCUGGCAACCACUUCCUUUGUUGGCAUGGGAGAUGAAGUUACCAAACACUCCUUCGAUUGGUUAUUCAGUAAGCCUAAGAUAGAAAGGGCAUCAUCGGUAGUUUGCAGACUCAUGGACGAUGUGGUAUCCCACAAGUUUGAACAAAAGAGAGGACAUGUUGCGUCAGCCGUGGAAUGUUACAUGAAACAGUUUGGAGCCACAGAAGAAGAAGCUGUAAAUGAAUUUCGCAAACAGGUUAGCGAUGCAUGGAAAGACAUAAACGAAGAAUGCCUCUACCCAACUUCAGUUCCUAUGCCACUCCUCGUGCGAAUUCUCAAUCUUGCACGUGUCAUUGAUGUUGUAUACAAGGAUGGAGAUGGCUAUACCCAUGCUAGCAUUGUGCUCAAGGAAUUAGUUGCUUCUCUGCUUAUCAAUCCUGUAUCUCUGUAAUACAAUAAUUAUAAACUAUGUAAGAUUAAUUUAUGUGAGUUCUAUUCUAUAUUACUAGGAAAGUGGGUAGUUAAUCCUUAAUUAGUAGUUGAAAAUGUUGAGAGCGUAAAUCUAUCUUAAUGUAAGCCAUAUAAAAUAAAUGCCAAUAAAAUUCUUUGGUUGCAAAUCUUCUUAGUAUAUAUUCUUAGUCUUAGUACCAUAUAUAGCCCCAUCAAUUAUUUGUAGAUUAUCCACAAAAAGAUAUAAAAAAAAAAAAAGAAGUAUUUGUGGACCCUAAGCAGUUAAGGUCAAGGGGUUGUAUAUGGAGCAGUGAGGCUAGUAAACGGUCCAGUGGUUGUCUA